CUUGGGGCAUUCACCAUGCGCGCAUGACGUUGAGGGGCUGUGGGUUGUGAGUGCUGUUGGGUCUUGUUCUACCCAUGGUGGAGUGGAAUGGCCCCAGCCCAGCUGCAGCUUACACUGGCUAUAUUCAAACCAGAUAUAACUAGGAUCCCACUCUUUGUGGAGGCCGUCCGAGCGAGGCUGCUGCAGAGCGGCUUCCUGCUGCCCCGGAGCCGCCAGCUGACACUGAGCCGGGAGCGGGCCGAGCUGUUCUACGCCGAGCAUCGAGGCCGCUUCUUCCACCGCCGGCUCGUCACAUUCAUGUCAAGCGGGCCAAUCUGGGCGCACGUGCUGGCGCGCGAGGACGCGAUCACCGCCUGGCGCCACCUGAUGGGACCGACCAAGGUGUUCCGGGCGGUGUACGAGCGGCCGGACAGUCUGCGGGCCCGUUACGGCCUGACCGACACCAGGAACGGCCUACACGGCUCAGACUCGCCAGAGUCGGCCGCCCGCGAGAUCGGUUUCUUCUUCCCGGAGUUCGACCAGUCCGGCUGGCUGGCGCAGCGGGAGCCGCAGCUGGAGCGGCGAGUGCGGUCCCGCGUCGACCGCGCGCUCUCGACGUCACCGCGUGACGUCAUCGGCGACGCUCGGCCGGAUGACGUCACUGACAGCAGCUGUUGGCCGGGUGACGUCACCGACAGCAGCUGCCAGCGACGUUUGUGACGUGUAGCCGAUCUCCGGCGCCGCAGCGCUGACGCGAGCCCGCGAAGUUCAUUAGCUGAGGAGUGACGUCAGACAUCGGCUGCGGUGUGACGUCACCCCGCCGAUGAACUCCGAGAGGCGUCUGCACGUGUAAUGGCGUUGUUUAUGCUUUUCAUAGUCAGUUAGUUCUGUUGUAUGUGAUAUAAUGCUAAGUCACCUUUAAAACAAGUCUUUUCAUAGCUUUGGCUUUGGUGGACCUGAAAGUGGCCUUGACUGCUUUUAGAGCUCGCUGCAAUGACACAUCAGAUUUUAUGAAUAAAUGAACGUGUGCACUGUGUGCACGAU